AUGCCAUUACCAGCCGCGCAUGACGCCGAGAAGACCACCGUGGUGGAUGAGGCUCAGGUCAUAGAAGACAUCCAAAGAGAGGAAGGGACGUAUUGUCAGUCGCAAUUGGGUGACAAGCCGCCCAGGAAGCACUUCUUCUCGCCAUUAGAUCCUUCUUAUUCAGAGGCUGUUCAUGGAGAUGCAGAGACCGUACGGUUUAGCCCCGAGGAAGAGCGUCAAGUUCGUCGGAAGAUCGAUAUCCGUGUCUUGAGUAUAGUGGUCAUAAGGUAUGAAUUGUUCGACUACAGUGGAAAUGCACAUGUCAUCACGGCAUUCAAUGACAACUAUGAAAUUACGACGAACAACAAGUGGACGCUUGCACUUGGGAUAUUUUAUGUCGGAUAUUGUCUACUAGAGAUGCCAGCUAACAUUCUCCAGCGCCAUAUUGGAGCAAACCGAUUUUUCUUUCUAUCUCUCACCUUCUGGGGGAUUGUGUCCCUAUCGUUCGUAUAUGCAAAGGGUUAUGCGGCCUUACUUACCCUUCGUGUUCUACUCGGUAUUGGGGAGGCCGGCUUCUACGCGGGAAUCAUCUAUUACCUUUCGUUCUGGUGCGUACCAACAGAACUGGCUUUGCGAAUUAGCCUCUGCAUGACGGGUACUCUACCUGGUGCCAUAGGAGGUCUUCUGGCUUUCGGACUUGUUCGUGGGCAUACUUCGUUGUUGACAGGAUGGCAGUUUUUAUUCUUGGUUGAAGCCAUCCCAGACCUAAUAAUGGCCGUCGCAAUUCUCAUCUGGCUGCCGUCUUUCCCCUUCUCCGCCACCUUUCUCAAUUACCGCGAGAGAGCCAUCGCGCAGGCGAGAGUCAACCGAGAUCACAAACCUCGAUCGCAUGGUGGAAUGACAGGAUGGCAGGGCGUGAAGGCCGUUCUCAUCGACCCUAGCGCAUGGUUGUUGAUGUUGAUUUACGCAUCUUUCAAUGUCGGGGUCGCCACGAUCUCAUACUUCAUGCCAACGUUGAUUAACGAACUAGGCUUCAGCGAUAUCGACGCUCAGGGAAUGACUGUGGCACCCUACCUUGUCGGCUGGUUCUUCGUUAUCCUACAAGCCUGGCACAGCGAUCGCACUCAUGACAGAGGAUGGCACAUCGUCGCCUCUGCUAGUGUGGCGUUGGUUGGAUACAUUAUCCUCGCCACCGCAUCGCAGAAGAGUGUAGGCGCUGCGUACUUCUCUAUCUUCUUGGCCAUAGGAGGUCUUUAUAGCUUGUUUCCCCUGGUUAUGAGCUGGGCUGCGAAUGUAUUCUCUCCCACAUCCAAGCGAGGGGUCGGAACGGCCUUCAUCGUCUCAGUCUCGAACUGUGUAUCUAUGUACGUAUAUUUCUGUAGAGUUCUCGGCCUUCUUUCGCUGAACAGAUCAUCGACUAUCCAGCGCUUCACCCCAGGUUUAUUUCGACGUCGAGGACAAUUAUCGCACGGCUCAUGCCAUUGUCGCUGGGUAUGA